AUGGAGAAAAGACCUUAUAAGAGGGCGUUGAAACAAUUUGACGUGAACGUGCAGCGCAAGCGCAGCCUCCGGAAUAAAAACAGCUUUAUGAAUGAUUCAUCAUCAGUCACCUCGCCCUACGAAAACGACGAGCGGAACAAGGAGAACAAGGUGCCUUCAGGCAGGGAGAUAGUGCGCCCGACGCUUUUCGAGAAUUCGCCGACGACAGACGGCAACCUAACAGAGGAGAUCAACGAAUGCAUCGACAAACGGUGCGCCGACCGCUCCGGAGGCAGCAGGCUUACCAAGGAUGCGCUCGUGGAGCUACAGCUCUUGAUCCGCGAAUUCGAGGUGCAGCAGUUUGCAGAGUGCAAGCAUGCGUUCUGCCAACAGGGGCUGGGCAUAGACAAUUUAUGCCAGUGCCGCACGAACUUCCUCUUCGAGUUGGAGUUCUUCGAGGGCCGGGAUAAAAUUGAGGCAGGCAACCUGCGGAGACAAUGCUACUGUAAGCGGAUCUACACUGCCAUUGAUAGCUCAUGGCACGUGUCGCCGGCCGAUGACUCUGCAGAGCAGUGGGAAGGUCUUGAAUGGCUGCUUUUACCAAAGAUCGAGCCCCGUAGCGUUGCCACCGCGGAGUUGCAUGGCAACAGAGUGUGUCCAGAUGAAGGUGUGGUGCGUCAGAAGAGCCUGCCCGCUACCGUCCUCCAGAUAAGAUCCAGCCACCGGGUUUUCGAUGAGUCUGUCGACCUGAGCGAAAUCUUUAAGCAGUGGUCCUCGUCGUCAUCCGUGUCGAAUUGGGAUCCUCCGAACGACAGCUUUGAACAUUGUCCUUCAGCCCAGGCCAAGUGUGCGCUGAAAAAGCGCAUCCUAAGGCCGUCUGACAUUGUAUUUCCAAAAUGA